CAUCUCACGGACUGUACCACACCGUGGGUUCCCCCCUUUCCUCACCCUUGCAGUGGGCCGCUCCCCCUUCUUUACCGCCCACUUUGGUUGAAGCCAAAACAGAACAUCAUGGCGAUUGAUGGUGGCGAGCGUAACUGUGGAGUACAUGAGCUGAUCUGCGUCAGAAAAGUCUCUCCAGAGGUGCUGGGGUUUCUGACAGCCAUCGGACUCUUCAUCAUCCUCAUGACUUUCCUGUUUUGGUACCUCAACAAUAAGUUGGCACUAGAGAACCCAGGAAGCCUUCAGUGCCUUGAUGAAUUCAGGAAAACCACUGAGCUGCAAGAUAAGGUCUACUCCGACGCUGACUUGCAGGCUUCAUCGUCAGACAGCGAGGAUGAACUGAUGGGUCAGUAUCAGGAAGCAGUCAGCCGCUCUCAGGGCCUCAGAGGAGGAGCCAAGGUGUCCUCUAAUGCCAAGCACACUGGAGGAUUCAGCUGGGAGAGCCGGCAGAAGUACAGCCCGCUUACUGCUGAUUAUGAUGGCUACAGCAGUGAAGCCUCAGCUGAUGAUGUCAACUGCAUCCAGAGGAUGAGACGGACGCCGCCACUGGAUGAGCUUCAGCCACCGCCCUAUCAGGAUGAGAAUGGCUCUCCGAGGAUGUCCUGCACGCUGUCAGAUCUGGGUGAUGCCAAGUGUGAUCUGUCCCACACCAGCGGUAGCCCCCACCUCUCUUUUGGCAAGUGUCCCAGUGAGGGCAGCGACGGCCCCGAGACUGAGAGUUACCUCAACAAGGGCUAUGAGGAGGACGUGCCCAGUGACAGUACAGCUGUCCUCAGCCCAGAGGAUAUGUCAGCCCGUGGAUCAGCAGCCCAGCUACCGAAAGGUUAUGAACCAGAUCCUGUUGCAAAAUACGGGACCCUCGACAUCGUGUUUGACUACGACUCAGAGGAGCAGCAGCUGUCUGUAACCAUCAUGGCAGUAACCGACCUUCCCAGCUACAAGCGCACCGGUAACAUCUCCUGGCAGGUUCAUCUGGUGCUUCUGCCCACCAAGAAACAGAGGGCGAAGACGGGGAUCCAGAGAGGCCCGUGCCCCAUCUUCACGGAGACCUUCCGCUUCAGCCAUGUGGAGUCAGAGAUGAUCAGCAAUUAUGCUAUCAGAUUUCGCCUUUACAGCAUGCGACGAAUGAAGAAGGAGAAGGUGCUCGGGGAAAAGGUGUUCUACCUCACCAAGCUCAACCUUCAGGGCAAAAUGUCGGUGCCGGUCACAUUAGACCCAUGCUGUGCACUCCCGGGUGGCGAAUCCCAGGUCAGCCUCUCAGAUAUGACAUGCAGUGAAAGCGCCUCGUCAUUCCAGUCAGUCAGUCAGGCUUCCACACCGGAGAUCCUCGUGGGCCUGGUUUACAACGCCACAACAGGACGUCUCUCUGUGGAAGUCAUCAAAGGCAUCCACUUCAAAAACCUGGCUGCUAACAAACCACCCACUGUCCAACCCUUGUUGUCAGAUGGACUGUUCUGUUGUCUAAAACACUUGAUAGGUGGACAGGUUUAUAUUAUCAGAGAUACAUAUGUUAAGCUGACCUUACUUAACUCCAUGGGCCAUGAGAUGUCCAAGUGUAAGACCUCCAUCUGUCGAGGUCAGCCCAACCCAACCUACAAAGAGACGUUUGUCUUCCAGGUAGCUCUUUUCCAGCUCUCGGACGUCACGCUCAUCCUAUCCGUCUACAACAAGCGCAGCAUGAAGCGCAAGGAGAUGAUUGGUUGGAUUUCGCUGGGCCUCAACAGCUCUGGAGAGGAGGAGCUCACCCACUGGACUCAGAUGAAAGAGUCUAAAGGACAGCAGGUUUGCCGCUGGCACAGCUUGCUGGAAUCUUAAUGGCACAGCAAGAUGGCGCGCGGGCAUAGCUACACGGCGCCGCCGCCGUCGUUGUCCCAGAUGGGCAGGAAAUGGAAAUGUUCAACUGGGAAGCGGGAGUGCGAUGCCGUCCAAUGAACCAGCGUCAGUGGUGAUGAAGAGACGGGAACACAACCACAUCUGCACUCAGUUUCUCAGCUCGGCAUGGCAUAAGCGAUUUCAUGGCUCUGUUUGACUAAACAGUCAUGAAUUAGUUUUAUGAUGAGACAUGCUAUUUUCCACAUACUGCCGUGUAAUGACCUUUAAGUUUUUGUAGAUGGCAUCUUUUUGUCUGCUGAGCCGGUUUAGCUGGGGCUAAAGAUCAUUGAGCAAAUUACACCUGGUAGCCAUAUGUACCCACACCUCCAGCCGCAGAAAUACAAGUAGGAGUUUCUAAAGAAGGUUUUAAUUUUUGUAAUUAUAUUUUUUUAACAAAUAUUUUCCAGACCACCUCUUAGCAGAUCCUUACCUUAAAAUUUAGCUAGAGACAACUUCUUACCUGGAAAUGUCAAACGAGGCUGGACAUUACCAUUGUGUCAUCCCCAUCGACUUCAAAAGCACAAAAAGUUUGGCAGAUUUUAAAAUGGCAGUUCUACAAUGGUGUAAAAUAGGGACUGUAAAAUAAUUAAAAAGGAAAAAAGCUUCUUAACUGCAAGACCCACUUGAAGGUUCCUGUACUUCUUUAAAAUACUACAAGCAAUCUGAAGUGCUUCAGUCAAAGGCAGCUGGACUCCUUUUAGGUUUUUGAAGACAUCGUCACCUCUCACCUGAAAGGGUUAUUUGCACCUAAAGAAGAAGAGACUGUAAAAUACAAAUGUUCAGAUUUUGGAUUCACGCCUCUACUUACGUAAGCAUAACUCAUGAUCUUAGGUGGCGCACUAGACAGCACUCCGAAUCAGUCUUUAGAACUGAAAACAAUCUUCUGAAUGAAAAGUAAAACCUCUUCAGGAACCUAAAGCGAGUGCAGCUGCCUUCAGUUCAAACACUUUAGAUUACCAUUAGAUGACUGAGAACCCAUUCAGUCAUAGAUAGUAAAAAGGGACUCAUGGGGGAGGUAAAACUAGUCACCAUGGAACUUCCAUAAAAUCCUAGUUCUUACAUUGGGAAUGAGGUUCAUGUACCUCAAAGUGCAAGCCUUAGCUUGUUUAGGAUAUAACAAAGAGUGACAAUCCAAACAGCAACAGCAAAACAUUUAACUCAGUCAGAAUGCAUUAAUGGUAAAUCAAAAAAGAUAAAGCAAUUAGAAGAGAUAAGGAGCCAUGGAUAAGGACCUGUAAACAAAGAAGCAAAAGGCCGGUCUAACAGCAAACAGGAACUUCCAAAGCUAAAAGAAAAAAAGAGACACCAGUGUGUAAGCGCAAAAACCAUUUGAGGUUGGUUCCAAACGUGAGUCAGUCCCCAUAGACUCCCACUUUAAAAUGCCCAAUGUAAAGCAUUAAAAUCAUUAAAAUGUUUAUAGUCUGUUUAUGGUCCAUCAGCUAAGCCCAUUCUCUACUAAUUGGAGUCACUGAACUGGAUCUCUCCACUGUGUUUAUGCUGUUUGGAGCACCUCUAAUAGAAUUGUCUAACACAUAAAAGAGCUUGCUGUGUGGUACAAACCAUCCAAGAAAUCUCUCACUCCACUCUUUUGUCUACAUAUCAUUAAUUCUGGGUCCAAAAACCUAGUAUAGCAAAAAUACUGAGUCCAAACCAAUGAACGCCUUUAUGGUGUCCAUCUUUUACAUAGUCCAUAGAACUUCUCCAGAUGUCUGAUGUGUGAGUCGGAGGUGUGGAUACACAGAGCUACCAUUACUGGUCAUGCUAACUGCACUGACUCUUUCUCUUUGGACCAAAAAAUGACAUUUAACCUCCUACAGUUCACCUUCCCUCUGUCUUCAGGCUUUAGAAGAUCUGGACUGUGACCGGAGACUUUGCACUGGCAGGUCUUUUUAUCAGAUGUGACCAGCUGAUUGGUAACGAUCAUGUCUUAAAUCAGAAAUUAUAUUUUAGUGGAUGUUUAGAACAGAGAAGGGAGCACAAGAGGAAGAGGACUUUUCAUUUUCUUAUUUUGUUUGUUCACCUUUCUUCUGACUGCAGCUUUAAUCACUAUCACAUCAUUUUAGAAACAUGCAUGCCACAUGCUCCGUCCAGGGUAACCAUAAAUGGGACAAUUAUAAAGUGAAUAUACGGACUUUUUCAAUUUUAAAUGUCCUUUACCAAAGUUUAUUUCAUCACGCUGCAUUGUAACCUGUGCAGUUUCAUUCAGGGUGGUGGGAGGGUAUAAGGCAGUCAUAAGAAAAACAAAGUCAAUUCUAAGGUUUUUAUGUAUCAGGAAAAAAUGUUAAAAAUAAUCUAGGACUUAGCUGGUCUUAAAAGUACAUCGUCAGGUGAACAGUUUUUAGUACGCCCCUCUGUUACCGACCACAUUUAUUUUGUCCUGAUAAGUAAAACCUUAGAAUUGAUACUUUCUUUUUCAUGGCUGUAGAUUGAGUGAGAAUUAUUACACUUUAAUGAAUUCCUCUCUGCCGACACUACUGAGUUACAAGCAUAGCUUCUCAAGCUUAAGUAGAAUAAAUAAAUGUGAAGAAUAAUAGAAGGUGUCAGACACGCCCUGACAUCACUGCCAGGGUUUGUGUCGAGAUGACAUUCAAUAGUGAUCAUGAAGAAGAAAUGAGUGUUUCAGAUUGUCGAAUAUUUAUAGAAAACACCAGUUGGAGGACACAUUGACUGACUGGGAUAUGCUAUAUGUAGGUUAGUUAGAUGGUUUUGUGAACAUGACUUUUCAUUCGAAGGUUACACGCAAUGUCACGAUUCUUUAAAGAAAUUUCCGACACCUUUUUGAAUAUAAACGGCUCAUUAAAUCACAGCUAACAGGUGAGACUAAAUCCUACUUGUUACCUUUUUCUAACCUGCUCUGGUGCUAUAAGAGAGCUGUGGGUGUCUACACAGAAGCCCUUGCCUUAUGGUUUUUAGUCAGUUCAUCAACUUCUUAAAGAGUUCAAAACACAGACACACCCUGAGAGCACACAGACCUGCAUCCACACUUACAGAAAGCACACACAGUGCAGCACCACUCAGCCUCGCUGGAGGGAAUUCAAACUUUUGAGGCGAUUUCAUUACGGCAGCGAGCACCGACAACCCUGCAGACUGUCUACGGGCUUUUUAGCUGCAGCCGCUUUAUCUUUGCGUUUCAUAUACAGAUAAAAAAUAUAUAUAUACUCUUUACUGUGCCUGUGGUUGUGGUGAAAGGUAGCUUUGUGCAGUGUUUACCAAGUGUGUGUGUGCGUGUGUGUGUGUUGACUGGAGAAGGUACAGUAAAGGGGGCGUGGGAGGGGGCUGUGAUGUAGGUAGAGUUGUUGCAUUUUCUUGUUGGGUGUAACCUUUUCUGAUUUCAAUUACUGGUUAUUAGAAGAAAACAAGCCAAGUCCUGAUUGUCUGACAUAUGCUUUAUAUUAGUAACUGUUUUAUCUAUUUUUGUAUCAGCAGCCGGGAGAAGAAAAUGUGUCAAGCCAGUUAUUAGUGAAUCAAAUAUUAACCGACUCCGUGAGCAAUACUGUUUGAAUUGCUAGUCUUUAUGAUUCAGUUUGUUUACGUGGGGGAAGCAACACACGUCUUAUAGCUCAGGUCUUAUUUACGUUCCCUUUUCUAAAACCAGAGAGGGGUGUGAUGGAGACCGGCUGAGUUCAUCUCAAAGCAAUCUGUCAAGACUUCUCAGCUUUGAUGCUUUCUAACAGCUUGAAACAGAAGCACAGCCUUUACAGCACAACAGUGAAACACACAAUGCGAAAGACCAAAGCUCAUUUGGAAGUGUAGAGAUGCACCUGUAAUCUGAAUCCAAAAGGUUUUUAUUUUAUAGGAUCAGCCUGGAGCCUUUGAGUGAAUUUGUAUAGUGUGAUAUUUGAUUACCUGUGGGGGGGAGAAAAAGGGGGGGGUGGAAUUCAACAGAAGACGUGCAGGGAUAUAUUAAAGUGGGAUCACAGGCCCCAUAGUUAAUAAUAUUACAAUAUUAUUAUCAGUAAAGUAACAGAUGAAAAAUAUUAACACUGCUGGGAAAAAAAUCCUCUUCUCUGAAAAUAUAAUUAUGCUGGAGAGAAUUAGUACCUGAAAACCAACUGGAAAUGUUAUCCGUAACACUUGAUCCAUGAUUCAUGUUCCCUCCAAAUACGGAAGCAAAAGAAGACCAAAACAUUUGACUUCUAGAUACUGUUACGUUUAUAGAUUUGAAAAAAUGAAAAUGCUUUCACGUUGUAACACUUCAGAAAUGUUGUUAAAGUGUUUUUAGAGUUUGCAAAAACCAGAAAGCAAUACUAUCACAAAAGGAACAACAUCAUACAAUCUGGACUGCCUUUAGCUCUGAUGACAGCAUUCAACGUGGGAUCAUUUUGAUAAAUUUAUCCAGCAUUUUUUUCCAUCUAGAACUGCAUUCAUUUCUCACUAUUAUCUUGUUUGACAAUGGGAGAGGCAGAAAUCCCAAAUAUUCUCAGUGGCCUUAAGAUCUGGACUCUGUUGUGGUCGAUAUGUAUGUGAAAACCAAGUCACAAGUUUUCUCCCUGAGCCCCUCUUUCGAAAUCCGAGCCCAAUGAAGCCUGCCAUGGUCAUCUUUGAAUAUGCCCGUGACAUCAGGGGAGAAAAACAUCCAUUGAUGGAAAAACCUGGUCAUUCACUAUGUUAAAGCUGUGAGUAUAUCAGCAUAUAUAUGUACCAGUAUAUUCAGGAAGUCAGCUAACCUCAUUUUUUUUAAACGUAAAAUUUGCUGAACCUAAGGCUUGCCCAGCAGGUACGAGGCAUGAUGGGCGCAUGACUUCAUCCAUCCCUCGUUAGUUAGCCAUAAGUCUAGAGCAAGGUAAAUCUGGACCACAUGACCUUUUACCAUUGCCCCAGAGUCCAGUCCUUAUGAUCCCAGCAACGUGCAGCCCAUUUUUUCUGAUUAGCCACACAGAUAAGUGGUUUUCUUAAGACUACACAGCUGUGUAGUUCUCUUAAUUUCAUAUCUAUGAUGACUGUGGUCGAAUCUGAUUUCACCAAGUUUUUAAGUGAUUGUGAUCAUGAUCAGUCAAGUUUUUUUUUUCUUUCCAGAUUUCAAUAAUGUGUUGUACAUUUCUUAACCCGGCUUUAGUACUUUCAGCUUCUUCAAAGUUGUUUUCCUUGCUUGUUGGAGGGCAAUAAUUUGACUCCUCUGCAAUAGAGCAGUGCAUUUUGGGUUUUUUUUUAGGAAAGAGAAUCUACUAAUUUCAUCAACUGAAACAAACAUUUUUGUCCUCAAGCAGCUGCUCAAGGACCCGAGGGCCAACUACUUCAUCUGCUGCCAGCAUGUGAGACCAUGAAGUGCUUUAGAAACAAGUGAAUAUACUUGAAAGUCAUUUUAAAAUGCAGAAUUUAAAGUUUUAGGUUAGUUCAGGGUCGUUUGCUGUUGUUCAUCUUUACUUCUUCAAACUUUUGACACAUGAAUUUUCUGUUUAAUGUGGUCUGUUUACAAAAACAGAAGUAAAAUUUCCAAUCAGGGAAUUAAAAACAGAUCUCUGUACAUUUAAAUUCAGUGCAGUGUACACAUUUAAACUCUGCUGGUCUUCUUUUGCUUCCGUACCAAACGACAGAAACCUGUUUAACAUCCCUUUGACGAGCUCUGAAUGUGUUAAUCUUUCACAGGCUGUGUUCCACUAAUUACGUGUUCAGACUUGUACGUUUGCUGCAUCGUUUCUUACGCUUUCGUUUAAUUUACAAGAUUUUAAGAAUUUUCUGGUUUUUAAGGCUGGUUUUAAUUUGUGAUUUUAUUUUAUUUUUUAGACACUACCUAUGCCACAGAGGCAUCGGUGCCUUACUGUUUUUCACUCAGCAACCUUGUGUUACAGUGUCUUAACGUAUCUGUAAAUGUAUUUUUCUCCUGUACUUUGGACUGACUUUGAUUUGUAAACUGUCUUAUUAAUUGACUUCUGAUAGAGAAUUUCUAUGUGAUGAUAUUGUUUAAAAAAGAAAAAAAAACAAA